AUGGGGGGCUCGGCCCUGCCCCACUGCCGUUCCCUGACCCCCCCGAGGCUGCCGGGCAGCGGGGCCCGGCAGGGUGGCUCGCGGCGGGGGGACAGGGCUGGGUGUAUUUCUACAGCACCCCAGAUCACCUCCAUCCUCUACCUCGGUGACACGGUGGCCACCAACAGCCACCUCCUGCUCUUCAGCCACCGCAUCAGCACGGUCAUCCAAACCCUGGAGGUGGUGAACACGCUCUGUCCCGACGUCGAGUCCCUGCGCAUCCCCGUGAUGGAUGGCCCUGCCGCCCGCAUCUCCAGGUGCUUCGACUCCAUGGCAGCUAAAAUCCACAGCAUGGGGACACGUGGGGGCUGGACACCGCUGCACUGCACUGCUGGGGUGAGCAGGUCCACCGUCUGCUUGGUCUGUCUCCUGAAGCACCACUCCACAUCCCUGGCAGGUGCCCACGCCUGGGUUGAGUCUUGCUGUCCCAUCAUACGUCCCAACAACAGCUUCUGGCAGCGGCUCAUCCACUACGAGUACAAACUCUUUGGUGUCAACAGGCUCCAAAUGGUCAGCUCUCUGUCAGGGAUGAUACCCCAUGUUUAUGAAAAUGAAGUAAGAGUAAUGCUGCUGCUCUGAGUACAGAUGAGCUGUUGUGACCUCUUGGCAAGAAACCGAGGGAAAGCCAACGGCAGUUCUUCCAGAUCCAUGCCGGAGCAUUGAAAAUAAACUAUU